ACGUAACAUCGAAGUGGUGGACUUGAAGGUGAUGAAAGGCAGCGAUGGCGAAGAAGAGACGAAGGGUGGCGGCAAGGGCGGCGGGGGCAUAGGUCUCUGUAUAACUGUCGCCAUGCUCCUGUUGGUCGCCUCGAGCGACCAUCCGAGCCUUAUAUCGUGAAAGAUUUCCAUGUUCGUCAUGUUUUAGGGCAAACACAUACUUGCUGUGGAUGAUUUUAGCGGAGGCGGGUACAGAUGUAAUGGGGACCACUUCAGCUAACUCAUUUCGUAUAUGAUUCUGAUAUUCAGUUUCAAUAGCAGCUUGUCAUGACGGCCAGGAGGUAGAUUUACGGGCGGGGGCAAUAGACUUGGGGUCAGUGGGGUCAAAAAGGGUGGGGGCUUCGGCGAGAGUCAUAUCGGAUCGGUUGCUAGGGGCGACGCUUCGAACAGUUGAGGUGGAGUAACAAGGGAUGGGUGUAUGGAGAUUAGGACAGGUCUGGAGGAGGCGAACGGAAGCAAACGUAGAGUCGGGGUCUGGGGGGUCGCGGAAAGUGGUGGUAAGGGGGGAGUAAUUCGUGACGUUGAGAGUAUCGAGGAGUGAGCUGGGAGGAGAUGGGAGAGGGCCAGGGCAGGAGAGUGGACGGGGGUGAUCCAAGAGAGGUUGAGGGAGGUUCAAGAAGUCGAGGCGGGAGAGGAACGGCUGGCAGCAUGGGGGGGAUGUACCCUGGAGGAUAAGUAUUGCGUGGUUGACGAAGCGGAGCCAAGAGGUCGGCUGUAGAGCGGGUUGCGAGUUGGCGGUCGGUAGGUACUGGAGGUGGUCCAGGAAGUUGCAAAGGAGGAGAUGCGGAAGGUAGAGCAAGUGGGAGCACUGAUGGAGGAGGGAGGAGGGGUGAACGAUGAUAUGGACCAGGGGUGCCAGGAAGGUAGGGCGGCGGGGAGGGGGGGGCGGAGGGGGCUGACGACAAUACCACGGGAUGUAGGGGGGGUAAUGGGGAGUGAGGAUACCGGAUUGGUGCCGGACGGGAAGAGUAGAGAGGCGUGGGCUGAGGAGAAGGUGAGGUUACUGGCGUUGCCGGAGAGGGUGCAGUAGGAAGAGCUU